AUGAGUAAAUCAGCGAAUUACGAAGUACCAUGGGUGGAGAAGUAUAGACCACGCGUACUUUCUGACAUCGUUGGCAAUCAAGAUACAGUCAAAAGACUAGAAGUGAUAGCUCAGGAUGGAAAUAUGCCACACAUGAUCAUGUCUGGUACACCAGGUAUUGGUAAGACGACGGCAGUUCUUGCCCUCGCACACACGCUGCUUGGUCCAGACGUAUUCAAAGAGGCCGUUCUAGAGUUAAACGCGUCGGAUGAGCGUGGUAUAGAUGUCGUACGUAACCGGAUAAAAUCAUUCGCACAGAAGAAGAUCGCGCUUCCUCCAGGAAGACACAAGAUUGUAAUUCUUGAUGAGGCAGACAGUAUGACGAGUGGUGCUCAGCAGGCUCUCCGACGCACGAUGGAGAUCUAUUCAAACACGACACGAUUCGCAUUUGCAUGCAACCAAUCUAACAAGAUCAUCGAACCAAUACAAUCUCGCUGCGCUAUUCUCAGAUUCUCCAAAUUGCGCGACAUAGAACUCCUUCAGCGUCUACGUCAGAUCGCUGAGAAAGAGAACGCGGAUGUUACUGAUGAGGGUUAUGAAGCGUUGAUAUUUACAAGUGAGGGUGACAUGCGUCAAGCUGUAAACAACCUUCAAUCUACACAUACUGGUUUGGGUCUCGUCACACCUGAUGCCGUAUUCAAAGUCUGUGAUCAACCGCAUCCAUUGCUUGUACAGAAUCUUCUCGAGAGCUGUCACAAAGCUGAUAUUGAAGAUGCGCUGUCAAAACUCGAUGAACUUUGGACACAUGGCUAUGCGGCUAUCGAUAUCAUCCAGACACUUUUCAGAGUAGCCAGGAACACUCAGUCGUUGGAGGAAUCACUCAAGUUGGAGUAUAUAAAGGAAAUAGGCUGGACCCAUAUGCGCAUAUUAGAGGGUGUUGCGACUAUUGUCCAAUUGUCAGGUUUAGUAGCACGUUUAUGCAAGAUGUCAAUUGAUCCAAAAGUAUUUAAAGUUUAAAAAAAUUCUAUGUUAUACCACAGAUAAUUAUUAUUUAUGUUAAAAAACGCUCCAGCGUAUGAUUAUGGUAAAUUCUUUUUGGUAGAAUUGAUAAUGUUAAUCCAGGAAUUCCUGUCUUGACAUUUUAAAUUUAAUACUUCGCCUCCUCGAGGGUAUGCGAAAUCUAUCUGUAGGACAUCUUCACGUCUUGGAUGAGAUGUCAUUGUUACUUCGUUUAGAGGUAUUGGUAACUUAUAAAGUGUGUUCUCUUGCACGUUUAUCAGAAGCAAGAUGUCAUUGCAGAGAACAACGCGAAUUAUUUUAUGACUCUUUAAUUUAGGGAAGUCGCCCUCCUUUAUGAGCAAUCU